CCGGUUCCGGUCCCGGCUCCGCGAGGGCGGGGGAGAUGCUGCCGGCACCGAGGAGGCGGCUCGGGGGUGCAUUCCUGCGGCUCGCCGAGGCGGCGCGCACCAUGGCUGGAGCGCCCACGGUCUCGCUCCCUGAACUGCGUUCGCUCCUGGCCUCCGGCCAGGCCCGGCUCAUCGAUGUGAGAUCUCGGGAGGAGGCGGCAGCGGGGACCAUCCCGGGGGCGCUCAACAUCCCGGUGUCUGAGUUGGAAAGUGCCCUGCAGAUGGAGCCCGCUGCUUUCCAGGCUUUGUACUCCGUGGAGAAGCCGAAGCUGGAAGAGGAGAACCUCAUUUUCUUCUGUCAAAUGGGCAGGCGGGGCUUGCAGGCCACGCAGCUGGCCCAAGGCCUUGGAUACACCGGGGCUCGCAACUUCGCAGGAGCCUAUAGAGAAUGGUCCCAGAAAGAAGGUUAGGUAGAAAGUGGCUGACUUACUGCCCUCUCUCCCUCGGCCCCAUGGCCGCCUUAACUAAGGGUGGUGAAGGGGCUGACUCCUCAGGUUGGGUAAGCUCCUUAUAGUGCUGCGCAUGCAAAAGCAUCAAAUAAAGAGCAUUUAGUCAAAAUA